AUGGGCUCCAUAACCUAUUUCACGGAUUCCCCUUCGAGCCCACCCCCACCCGAAAACGUCCUGACCGCCCUCGACAACGUUCAAACUCGCGGCUACCACUGUCGAGCCCUGCUCCUCCCCUGGCCACACUCCCUCUGCGCAGCCAUUCUUGAGCCGGCCCUGAUCCGCACUCUCCUCCCCGACUUCUCCUUUCUCGCUUCAUGUCAACUCGGUCCCGCCUCAGCCGCUUCCUCAACCAUUGCUGAUCACGAUGCCAUCGACACUCCUGACCCCGAUCCCUAUACCAAUGCUAUUAGACCCCCUCAUCGCUCCUCCAACCCCAACACCAACCGGAACUUUGCCUUGCAACAUCUCAGUAACCUUACACAAGGCAACAUAGUGUACAUGUACUUUGAAGGCGGGAGAGAUCCAAGUCACCUCCUCCGGCCCGGUCCCCAUCCGCUCGUGCGUCUUCCAGAAGAGCGGUACAAUGCUGACAUUGACGAGGAUGCAUACACCACCACCGCCGCCGCCGCCCACAGACUACAACUCUACCUCCGCUUCCCAAUCCAGACUCCAGAAGACGCCGUCCGUCAGUUGAUCACCCACCAUGAAGAGCAAAGGUUGGAAAUGUCUUUUGAGGAACUAAUCCAGGGCCUCUAUCCGUUCCGCGUUCCUGACAUUUGUUUCCGAAUUCCUCUCCUCGGCGGCCGAAUGGAUUCUUCCAGAUAUGGACCACCUCGCCAUUCUCGGUUAGUUGAUGCCAUGACCGUCCAGCGCAGUAGGCUUCUUGGAGGAGGCGAAUUCUCAUCAUCAGACGCAACGGGAAUGGUGCUGGGGAUUGCGAUACACCAGGCUGUGGCAGAUGCUGCAGACGUCGAAGUCAUCGUGUCAAGACUGAGGAGGGAGCUUUUGAGAGAGGUUGCUGUUGGAUUUGAACACGAAUGAAUGGGACAUGCUUCACUGAGCAAGGCCAUUUGGCCGAGCGAAACCAGAAAGGCAGAGAAUGAAGGAAUUGGAAAGAACGCCAACCACAUCGUGGUCAUUGACAAACCAUCCUGAAGUCAGCGGUACCGGCAAUCGUACUGGAAGAGGCUUUGUGUGAGUGUUUCCUUCCCGCCGUGCGGUGUCGUCGCGUGCCGUUCUGUUUUGGGUCGUCUUGGUUCGUUCGCUUUGUCUUGAUUUAUUUUGUAUAUUUGGUUUUAUUUCCGUUAGUUAUCUUUACCGGCACGCUGGUAACUCUUGUGAAGCACACGCACGUGUUAUGGAAAGUUUGUGGCGAACGCACUG